UUAGUUUUAGAUAUUUUUGUCAUUCUAACGGGUGUAAGGUGAUAUCUUAGUGUAGUUUUGAUUUGCAUUUCUCGGAUGAUCAGGCGCCGGCAAUUCUUGGUGUUGCUUGUCCUGUAGAAGCGUUGCUCCAGUCCCUGCCUCUGUCGUCACACAGCCUUCCUGCCGUGUCCCCUCUGUGCCCCUGUUUUCUCUUACAAGGACAUCAGAUAUUAGCCUAGGCACCACCCCCAUUCCAGUCUGCCUCAUCUGAACUAAUUACAUCCGUAAAGACCCUGUUUCUAAAUAAAACCACAUUCUGGCUCUGGGUGGACAUGAGCUUUUUGAUGACACCAUUCCACCCAGCAUGCUGCCUUUCGCUCAUGUUAGAAAUUGAAAACUGGGAACACCGAACUUAGAGGACUGUCACAGGAAUAAAAGCAGAUGAAGCAGAAAAGGGAGCCGGGAGGGCCACUGGACAGCACACGCUCGAGAAACACAGAUGCUGGGAGUCCUUUUCACUCGGUCGUGUCAGAUCCAAUGGUGAGCAGCAAAUGGCAUCAUUCCCUUCCCGCCCCGCCCCACGUUGCUUCAACCUUCUGCAGAGUUUCGACAGAUGCAGGAUCUGCGGUCCAGGCCCCAGCGUCCUAGGAUGCAGAGCCACCCUGAGGUGGAGCAGUGUCCACGCUGACAGGUACCUGCCCCACCAAGAAGCAGAGUCUGUGGGCCUCGGUCGCCACGCGGCUGCCACAGGAGGACCAGCCCGAGUGGGCUGACUGGACGAGGACUAGGGCCAUCUGAGCUGCCCCUUCUUUCUCCAUCCCCACCCCUGAAAAAGGGUGCCGGGGGCAGCCUGGGUCUGCAGUCUCCCCGGCAGGUGGGUUCCUUUGUGGCACAGUAACAAAUGGCCUCUCUGGGAAAGAACAAGAGGCCAGAUGGCAGACGAGAGCUCGUCCACGAGACUCCUUACCUUUUGUCCGAGGUGCUGACGAUGACAUGUGGAAAGGCCCUUCACACCAGGGGAUGGGGGGACAGGGGCUGCCCCUCCAAGGCCCCCCUCCAUUGGGAGUGGGGCCUGGACACCUCGGAGGCAGCCUCCCCUCUCCUUGCUCCUGUCUCCCACCCCAGUGCCCACGCCUCCCCAGAGAUGAGCCCAUUAAAUCUUUGGGAUGUCAAGCGGGAGCCACUGCACACCCUCGCAUGGGCCCGGGGCACAUGCACCCUCCACGGGGGCUGUUGGUCAUUGUGGAAUGAGCGAGAUGUGCUCUUCUGCAACUGGCUCCAUCCCCUCCUGCUGGCGCCAGCAUGCCUGCAGACCCCCAGUUGUUGAUGGCAGCUUGCUGUGAUGCAGCGGCACAGGGGUGUGUCGAGGGAUUUACAGUUCAACGUCCGGCAGAGCGCAGACUCCGACACUGUGGACGUCUCCAUCACACUUGCCCACAUGGAGCAUGCCCGCGCUGCCCCUGUCAUGCACCCCUUGAAGGCCGACUCCCUUUCCCACCCGGACCAUCCGUCCUCUGGGCAACCCUGUGAUGGCCAGGACCAUCACGUUGUCCUGUUGUUGUUCUUAUUAGUCUUACCAAGCAACAAACACUCCACAGUGCUCACCACAGCCGGGCCCACCCUUGGCGCUCUGUCCUACUUCACCCUUGCCUCGUCCUACAGGGGGUGGGGCCACAGAGGAGACCCCAUCAGCCCCAGGCCAGAGGCAGGAGUAUAAACAGAAACAGAAGGAAGACCAGGAAGGGACCACAGCCUUUCAAGGAGGCCUUGCCCAGCCAGGUGGGGCAGGCAGCACUGAAGCUGGGGCGAGCCCCCAGGAAGGGCAGCGGGCAGGAGAGGGUGGGGUGGUGCCAAUGAUCUGUGCCCCAUGUGGGACAGACAGCCAACCACUGGUGCAACGUCCACGGAUCCUGGGCUGGCAUGGGGCCCUCCAGCCCUGGGCUGACCCACAGCCCCACCCUCCAGGAUGCAGCUGUCCUCAGUGCUGGCUCUGACCUGUCGUUGUCUAAGAGCCUGAUCCAGGAAGUGCCCCGACGCUGGCAGCCAGCCGGGACCCGCACCCCAGACCCUUCACUUCUGGGGCCUACCAGGACCUGUCCAGGCCCCAGGGGCACAAGGGACCUUCCUGUUUGCACUCGGAGGGGAGAAGGCCUCCUAUUGUCCCAGUCAAGGAAGCCGCCGAGGACCGAAGAUGAGUCACGGGGAUUCCGGGAACCGCAUGGCGGGGGCCUGGACAGUGCUGGUGCGUGGCCCCUCUCCAGCCUCCCUCCUAUAUAGGGCGCCGAGCCUGUGCCUCGGCCUCCACACUCUCCAGAGCUCAGAGUGCACCCACAGCGCAGCCAUGAAGUGCCUCCUGCUUGCCCUGGGCUUGGCCCUCAUGUGUGGCAUCCAGGCCACCAACAUCCCCCAGACGAUGCAGGACCUGGACCUCCAGGAGGUGGCAGGGAAGUGGCACUCCGUGGCCAUGGCGGCCAGCGACAUCUCCCUCCUGGACUCCGAGAGUGCCCCUCUGAGAGUGUACAUCGAGAAGCUGAGGCCCACCCCCGAGGACAACCUGGAGAUCAUCCUGCGUGAAGGGGAGAACAAAGGGUGUGCUGAGAAGAAGAUCUUUGCAGAAAAGACUGAGAGCCCAGCGGAGUUCAAGAUCAACUACCUGGAUGAGGACACAGUCUUUGCGCUCGACACUGACUACAAGAACUACCUGUUCCUCUGCAUGAAGAACGCGGCCACACCCGGGCAGAGCCUGGUCUGCCAGUACCUGGCCAGGACCCAGAUGGUCGAUGAGGAGAUCAUGGAGAAAUUCCGCAGAGCUCUCCAGCCUCUGCCUGGGCGUGUCCAGAUCAUCCCGGACCUGACCCGGAUGGCAGAGCGGUGCCGCAUCUAGGCGAGCUCCAGCCCGUCCGCCUCCUGGGGGCCCGGGAGCCUCGGCCCCUCUGCCGAGACGCCGUCAGCCCCUCCUCCCUGUCAGAGGAAUCAGGAGGGACAGAGACCAAGGCGGCUGCUGGACGUCGCUCCUCCUGGGACGAGGCACCUCGGAUCCCGGCCUCCAUCUCCUGCUCUGAGCCAUGCCUCCUUCA